ACCGUACUCUCCGUUUGUCGAUCGAGACGUUGCAGGUCAAUUCCACAACGUUCAGCACCACCCGCAACCAAACCUACGUUAUUGGGGACGAUACUACACACUCCUAGACUAGUUGACGCAGUGGUGAUCACUUUCAGACGAAGGAUCCGGCUCUCUCGGGCAGUAGAAGUGCAGGGCAACAAGCUACCGCGUUGGUUUCUUGCCUACCUUACCUACCUUACCCACGUUCCGACCUCUGAGAAGAUUACUAUUACGUGCUAGACCUGCGUAUAGUCAGCGCAAACAUCUAUUAAAAACUUGACUCGGAUCUCCACAUAUUCGGCUGGCGCGUUUGCAUCCCAUAGCCCUCUUUCUAUCAGGAUCCCGUUGGCUAGACUACCUACAUACAUAAGGGCUCUUACCUAACGUAUCUAGACUCCGUUUCUUCCGGCGGUUUCUGGAGUGGCCAAGCAUCUCGUUCCCAGCCACCAUCCAUCACUGCCACCAUCACCACCAUCAUCACUCUUGGUUUGACUUGCGACCAGAGACCUGCAGACCCGGUUCCACCCACCCAUCCACCCUGUCUUUGACGGGUCUGCGCAUUACGAAUAACUGGCGCGUUCCGACAUCCGUCGGCACCGCCUUGGUCUGCUGCCUGUCGAGCGAUCCACCCGAUUAGUAGUCUCCCCAAGACUUGUCUCCCGUAUAUCCCCGUCUACUCGACCGAAACAUCUACUUGUGACAAACAACAUAUAAGCGAUCGUACGAACAAAAGAACCGAAAGACAUAUACUUGCAUACAAUGGCAUCGCAGUCAUUCCGAGACUCGCUCGGCUCAUUGGGCUGGUCGCGCCGAGAACCUGACUUGCCCGUCAACACAUCCCAGCAGAGCGGACUGCUAUCGUCCCUGCAGUCCCUCAACCCAUUUGGCGACCGUGGCUAUGUGCGGCUGCCCACGACAGAGGGCCCGGGGGCUCCGUUGCCCGCGCCAACCAGGCGGGAAGAGGAGGAAGGCUGGUUCGCCCUCAGUAGGUGGGAUCGACUGCUUAUCUUUGCAGGAUGCAACAUCGGCGCUGCGGUCUGCUUCUUUGUAUGCUUUUUCUUCUUUCCGCUCAUAGCAACCCGACCAAGCAAGUUCGUGACUUUGUGGACUCUUGGUUCCGUCUUCUUCCUCUGCUCUUUUGCCGCUAUGAUGGGUCCAAUGGCCUAUGUUCAGCAUCUGUUGUCAGGGCCCAGAUUACCGUUUACGGGCGCCUACCUUGGAUCUAUGGCUCUGAGUCUUUACUUUGCUAUUGGGCUGCGUAGCCAGAUUCUCACCUUGUUCUCGGCCAUCAUCCAGCUAGUGUGUCUCGUGUGGUACCUGGUUAGCUACUUCCCUAUGGGAUCCAGUGGGUUGAGGCUCAUGUCUAACUUUGGAGCCUCUCGGGCGGCCGCUUGGAUGACUGGCUAGGUAGGUAAGAAGAAGGUACUCGAUGGUAAUGUAUGUGGAAGCAUUCUACGCACCUUACUAUGUAUGCUGUUGUAAAAGUAUGUUCCUUGGGAAACGGAUCGGACAAGUAGACCUAACUUGAAUCAAAAAACAUCGCGGAUUGUUCUACGCGCCGUGCCUACCGGCUACUACUCUGUUUGAUACAAGCCGUGUACUUGACCACGGUCGCUAGCUCCUGUCUAUUUAAUCGAUCGCAACGAGACUCCUUCAACAAUUAUUCAAGUACCGUAUUUCCC